AAGCCCAGAAAUUCCGCUCCUCUGAAAAAAGGGAGCACUGCUACUUUAAAGUUCUGCUGGGUUCUUUCUGUCUGUGCUCCCAUUGCAGGCAGAGCAGACUGCAGCGGCUGGCUCAUCCUAUCGAUAAGGUUCAGUUAGAGCCAAGGUGGAGGAUGGGAAAGGAAUGGAGCUGUCCCAGCUCCUCAAUGAGAUCAGGGCAAACUAUGAAAGGCUGCUCAGCAGAAAUCAGAUAGAGACCGUGCUCUCAACGAGACUCCAGCUAGAAGAAGAUUUAAGCAAGAAAAUGGACAAAGAUGAAGAAGCUCUAAAGGCAGCCCGAGCAGAACUCAAAGAGGCCCGCCGCCAGUGGCACCAUCUGCAAGUGGAAAUUGAAUCUCUCCAUGCUGUGGAAAGGGGCCUGGAAAAUUCACUACAAGAAUCCGAGCAACAUUACCAGAUGCAACUUCAAGACCUGGAGGCUGUGAUUGAAGGUCUGGAGAAAGAACUGGCAGAAGUGAGACGAGGCAUCGAAAAGCAGCUCAGAGAGCAUGAGAUGCUACUCAACACGAAGAUGAGGCUAGAACAAGAGAUAGCGACUUAUCGCCGCCUUCUGGAAAAAGAAGAAAUCAGAUAUUACGGUUCUAUUCAAUCUGGAAAAGAAGAUAUAAAGCCUACCACAAGUCGAGUAGGCUUUAUCUUACCUCCAGAGGUCAUACACAAACGUGACAAAGAAAAGGUAGAAACGGUGACCAGACAGGCCAUCUUAAAUGGAAACGUUGUGAAGGAAAGUACUGAAGCUCAUGGGACUAUACAGACAGAAAGAGUGGAUGAAGUUAUUAAAGAAUGGGAAGGUUCUUUCUUUAAAGAUAACCCACGGUUAAGAAAAAAAUCUGUUUCUCUAAGAUUCGAUCUACACUUAGCAGCCACAGAUGAAGGAUGCUUACAGACUAAACAGGAUAAUCUACCCGACAUAGAGGUCAGGCUCAUUAUGCGGAGGUCAUGCAGCAUCCCCUCUAUCAAACCUUCCACAGAUGCUAAUUAAUCCAAAGACUGUAUUCAAUGGGAUUUGAAAAUAACAUCCAGAUGAAUCUAGAUGGGCCACACUGUCUCCUCUGUGUCCCCAAGUGUUAUCAAAAGGAAAUGUUAUUAAAUCAUUGUGUUAACACAUAUAAUGAACAUGCAGUUCUCUUUGAAAGAGAAAAGGAUGAGGGAAUAAGUUUUUCAAAAUCCAACAUCUAAUAGUUAUUUUUUGAGGUGAGUUUUUUUUAAUUGAUAGAUACUACUUAUUUUGUUUUAUUUACUUUCCAAUUAUUUUUUUCUCCCCCAAUCCCACUUCCACUCACACAUACAAGGGUUUUAAGAAUCAAGAUGUCUCAGUCAAACCUUACAUUUUCACCCAAAAUUGCUUUAAAAUGUUUGAACUCUUUGUUUUGACCAAGAUAAUUCAACACUUUUUUCCUAAUCAGUGUUAUAAGAGCAGCAAUAACCAUUUUAUUCAUAGUCAAAAAAUUUUGAAAAAGGACUUUCUUUUUUUAAUCCCAACCGAUGACCAGCCAUUAUAUAUCUGAACCCUGUUUUCUAUCUACCAAAAAAACAUACAUUAUUCACCUGGCCAGUGAUUUUUCUUUGGGAUCAGCUGGAUAUGUAUAAAAGAAAACAACCCACCCCAUUUUAGUUAUUUUUCACAAGCAGCUUUGUCCAAGAACACACCUUAAUCCUAGUUCUACAGUUAAAUAAUAGUAAUCUACACCUGCAAGUUUUGGUCUUUGUUGUCUUUCAGACUUCCAAAGAAAAGUCAUAACCCACAAAGCACCAUAUUCAGUGUGUUGACAACAGAAUUUAUAGCCUCCACCAAAAAAAGAUAAGAAAAAAAAAUGAAGAAAUGGUUGCUAUAGUUACCAGAAGUAGUUAAAAAAAGAACACAAAUAGUAACCUAAAAGCUCACCACCAGUUUUUCCCUCUACAAAAUUAAAAGCAAGUAAUGUGAAUGUCUGAUAAGUGCCUCAAGUUGGGUACUUGACAGGGUAAAAUACUUUCAUAACAUGUUCUUGACUCAUCUGUAGAUAUCAAGAUAUAUCUUAUCGUUAAGUCAAGCUAAGAGUUCUAUGCAAGAUGGUUAAAUUCAGAAAUUGUUUAAACUAUAAAAACACAAGCAAGAAAAUAUAUCCAUGAGGAAUAUCCCUUUAAAAAAAAAACUUGCUUAAUAGAGUUUAUUUUCAGGGCGUCAAACAUUGAAAACCAUUUGCAUUAAUGGCCUACUCAGUGGUUUCCAAUCAACAAUCAUGGUUGAAUUCAACUGGCCAUAUUUCUCCAAUCAAUGGAUCACCAUUUAAGGGCUACAGAUUUGUCAGCAUUUUAGUAAAGCCUUUAUAGUAUUUCCCAUUUCUAAUUCAAACUUGAAAACACACAUUUUAGCUAGGUUAAAAAUGUAUCUUUCACAUGCUAAUACAGGGAUAUUAGAAAUGUUUAAUUUCUUCUUUCAAUCAAUCUAGAUUUUUGCAACUUUAGCUUCUUCCAUUUGGUUAAAAGGGAUAUUUCAUUUUUGCUGAGAACACAACAGCCAGUUAAAUGUUUACCAGUUUAUCAGUAAUUGACCUAAACCUGCAGCUGUAUAUGCCGGUGUCUUCCUUCUGUUUUGUUUUUUUUAAUGUAGUUAUUGAGGUCUCUGUUCUAUAGCCAUUGUAUUACUAAGCAACAAAAAAUCAUCAUAAGCUAUGUAUCUAGUGAAAUCUCUGUUCAGUGCCCUUGGCAUCGUGAAUGUCCUUAGUAACUCUACUAUGCAGCAUUCUGUGCUUAUAACAUGUACAUUUUAAAAUACUUGAAUUUGUAACAAAGUUUGACUUGCUUGGAGGCCUUUUAAACUGGAAUGUGAAUUUACCAAAGUAAGUGAUACCACUACAAUAAAGAUGGUGUA